UAAGGUAGUGCCAAAGAAGCAAAGGGAGAACCCAGAUUGAAGAAAAGAGAGGGGGUCCCUUUGAAAAGAAGAAUAAGAAAAGGAGAGCAGGUCCUUGGGAUAACUGACAUAAAAAAUAAGAGAGGAGUACUACCGUAUCUAUGGGAUGUGUUCACAGUACCCAGCGUCACAGCGGAAAGAGACACGCUCCAGAACCUGAUGGAUCCACAAACGUAGUGGUCCACGAUGUCCCCGUUGAAAUCCUGCAGCUGGCUGAGCUUGGUAAAGGAGCCGGGUCCCAUUUGUUCACAGAGAAGAGCUUUAGGAAGAAAGGACCAUGUGAAGUGUGUAGACAGAACAUCGACAUCCCUGGGGCUUUCUGCAUGGAGUGCAAGACAGCCGUUCAUAAGAGAUGUGAAGCCAAGGUGACAUCCACCUGCGUCCCAGCCCCAGACCUGCAGGGCUUCACCAAGUCCUCGUCCCAGAAGAAGAGGAACUCCCUUCCCAGGAGUAAGAGUGUGGAUCGUGUGAUGGAGAGAGUGAUGGCGAGGCACUAUGACUUUGACCUCACCUACAUCACUGAGCGGAUCAUCUCUGUCUUCUUUCUGCCCCACUUGGAAGAACAACGUUACCGUGGUAACCUACAGGAAGUGGCUGCUAUGCUCAAGUCCAAACACCAAGAUAAGUUCCUGCUCUUAAACCUGUCUGAGAAGCGUCAUGACAUCACACGACUCAACCCCAAGGUUGAAGACUUUGGUUGGCCCGACCUGCACGCCCCUCCACUGGAUAAGAUCUGUGCCAUGUGUAAGGCCAUGGAGACCUGGCUGACCUCUGACCCCAGCAACGUGGUUGUCCUGCACUGCAAGGGAAACACAGGGAAGACGGGGGUCAUUGUGGGUGCCUACAUGCAUUACAGCAAGAUCUCUGCAGGGGCGGACCAGGCCCUGACCACUCUGGCCAUGAGGAAGUUCUGUGAGGAUAAAGUCUCCUCCUCGCUACAGCCCUCCCAGAACAGGUAUAUGUACUACUUUGGGGGUCUGCUGUCGGGGGCGAUCAAGAUGAACAGCAUUCCUCUAUACCUUCACCAGGUCCUCAUCCCCAGCCUGCCCAACUUCCAGGCAGCAGGGGGAGGUUACUAUCCUUUCCUGAAGAUCUACCAGUCUCUACAGCUGGUCUACACCUCAGGCAUCUACGACCCCCAGGGCUCCAGGGCGAGGAAGCUGUGUGUGACGCUCGAGCCGGCGCUACUGUUGAAAGGGGACAUCAUGGUGAAGUGCUACCACCGGCGGCCGCGUGGCUCAGAGAGGGAGGCAGUGUUCAGGCUGCAGUUCCACACCUGUACAGUCCACGGAGCUCAGCUGUGGUUCGGCAAGGGAGAGCUGGACCUGGCCUGUGCAGAUAACCGCUUCCCUCCAGAUGCUACGGUGGAGUUUAUCUUCUCCUACAGCCCAGAGAAAAUUAAAGGGCGAGAGUACCGUAAGAAUGACCCCUCUGUUACAGUGGACUACAACACCUCAGACCCAGUGGUGCGCUGGGACUCCUAUGAGAACUUCAACCUGCACCACCAGGAUAGCACUGAGGACAUCUCCCACACGCGUGGUCCUCUGGACGGCAGCCUGUACGCCCAGGUGAAGAAGCACCGGGGCCGGGGCUGGGGCUCCUUCGGUGUCGCUGAUGCCUCUCCCAAUGCAUGCCCCAAAGGCAGCCCCACAGCCAAGCCUCCUCCAUCGGCCCAGCCUCCUCCACCGGCCCAGCCUCAAUCUCAACCUCAGCCCCUGUCCCUCAGCUCUGACUCGGGACACUCCUCCACCCCCUCCGAACACAUAGAGGACCCCCCUCCUUGCCCCCUGUCCCGCCUGGAGAAAGAGAAGGAGGAGAUGGACUGUCUACUGCGGAUGGGGGAGGGUGGAGAGAGAGACAGGGUGAGGCAGAGGGAGAGGGACCGGGAGACAGCAAUUUUGGAUGACGUAGACUCUGUUCCAGAUGGAGGGUUGAGGCGGGAGCAGUGGUCAUGUUGCGUUCGAGCGGGCCACGGUCCAAGAUGUCAGAGGUGUGGGGAGGCAUCGGGUUGGGAGAGGGAGCUGUGCUUUGCUAACGGACAUUGUAUGGACCGCUGUAACAGCAGCACCAAGGGGAACCCAAAGAGCCGAACAUUACCCGCCUUACCCUCCCAGCAGCCGGUGUCUCAUCGCCCCCUGGAGCCCCGUCUGGACUUGUGCCAUCACCAUAGCGCCCAUCCCUUGCCCGAGUUGCUGUGGGAACGUCCCCCGCCCCCUUUACCCUGUCUCCAUCGGCCAUGCUACCCCUACCCCGCCCCUGAACACGCCCACCCACACGCCCACACCAUCCCGGCCUCCAAUAGGCUCUUCUGCGGUGGGGAGAAGUGUCAGGUCUUUCAUUACCCCGCCCCCACCCCCCCUCGCCUCUCACACCAAUCCCUGCCUUCCAGCCCGUAUAGGGAGAUGUUUUUCAGCCCGGCGGCUCCUCCCCCUGGUGGCUGCCCAUGCCGAGACUGCACCUGCAGGCGAGAGCACCAAUCGGCUUCGGCCAGAGCCUUCCACCCGCUGUGCCCGGACCAACCAGAGAGCCCGCACUGGGCCCGAGGGCGGGACUCUGAGCUGUGGGACAGGGAGGCAGGGCUGAAGCGGGGGAGGGAGGGGCCUCCUCAGCUCUGGGAGGUGGAGAAUCCGUGGGAGGCGGAGAGAGAGGCAGAGUUUUGGCAGCGGAGGUCAGUGGGAGGGAUGACACCCUAUAGAGGCUGUCACUCCCCCCUGGGUCAGGGUCCCGGGUACCCCAGCCCCCACCCCUUCCUGGACAGCCCCCUUGGCAGCAGUGGAUACAACACCCCCCAACCCCCCUGCCACUCCUGCCCUUGUUCACCCUACCAGCAGGCCUCCCCCUCGGAGAGCCACGGGAUCCGGGGGUAUGCCUCGGGGUACCAGUCUGGGUCCACCUUGCCCCUGCCCCCUGGUGGCCCAAACCCUGGUGCUUCCCCCUCGGAACCACCCACCGACCGGCAGCAACAGACUGAUGGAAAGACUGGUGCAUCAGACGUGGUGCGAAACAGUGUUGGUAUGGAGGACUCUUCUUCCCAGGGGUCAUUGGGGCAAGCAGAGGUUGACGGACAGCCCACUUGCCCCACACCUUUAUCAGACUCUGAUCCAGACUACACAGCCAUCACUAGCAGCCCUGCACACAGUGAAGACAGUGAGAAGAAGCCAGAUGAAGAGAUAUUUGACGCCACUGUAGAAGUUUCCCCCCCGAGUCCCCCAGACGGCCCCCAGGGGCCCCAGGAACCAAGUCAAGGGCCCCAGCAGAUAGAGCCCCUCAGUGGGGCCCCCGUCUCUGCAGCUCAAGCCUCCGCCUCCACCAUCCUGGAACCUAACACUAACACCAAUAGUAACAGUAGCACGCCGAAGACCAAAAGGGCACCGCACCUAGUGGUAAAAUCCACAACAACACCGACAGCAUCGACAGAGUCACAAAACCAAGGCAGUGACCGCUCUUCUAAAGAGUCCAUACAGAUGCCGAGUGAACGUGUGAACCCUAGUGACUCACAACAAGUGCACAUGGAAGUGCACACUGUAAGUGCAAGUGUGCAUCCACCUCCCCCUACAGCUGAGGAUGGAGAAUUGAAGGUCGUGGAGAGAGUACUACAGAUGUCCACUCAGACCGCUGCCGUCCCGAGCGCAAGGCAUUCAAUCGUACCUGUCCAAGUGAAACUCAAUGGCAGCGCCCUCCUCAGUGGCUCACCCCAAUUAGAAAGAGGCUGCAGCGCAUCACCGAGCCCUUGCUCUACCCCCAGCUCUGCCCCUCCCUCCCCACAUCUUGACAUUGGCUCCCCAGAGCAACGUCCCUCCCCUCAGCCCUCUCCAUUGGCCAUGGACCCAGCUGGGCGGAGACUUACCCCUGUGAGUGACAGUGACCCCAAAUCCCCAUCCCCUGUCCCUGACGGGUACAACACCCCCACCUUCCCCCUGGCGCCCUACUACUACCCCCUUCUCAAAGUCCCCCACGUCCCCUACUCGGGGUACACCGCUGUCACUAUCGCCGCCGCCCAGCCCCCACUCCCUGAAAAGAGGCGCCUGUCUUCCAUGCCAGGGUACCGCAAUGGGCACGGCUCCCAGUCCCUCCUGAGUUCCUCCCUGGGUGCCAUACGACCCAUGGGUCCCUCUCCCCAAUCUAGCCCCCUCCACGUCACCUUCUCCCCCUCGGUGGGGGUGGGGGAGCUCCCCCCGCCGGUCAGACGAGGACUGGCACUGCCUAGUGUCAGAGAGGAGAGCAGCAAGGUCAAUGCCAAGUUUGUCCAGGACAGCUCCAAGUUCUGGUACAAGCCUGGCAUAUCCAGAGACCAAGCCAUCGCUGUGUUGAAGGAAAAGGAGCCCGGCUCCUUCCUGAUCAGGGACAGUAACUCCUUUCAAGGGGCCUACGGUCUGGCCCUCAAGGUGGCCAGCCAUCCUUCAAACAACGUCAACAACAGCAAAGUGGAUGAUCAGGAGCAUCUGGUCAGACACUUCCUCAUUGAGACAGGCUCUCGGGGGGUCAAGAUAAAGGGUUGUCAGAACGAGUCCUAUUUCGGAAGUUUAUCUGCCUUGGUGUACCAGCACUCACUCACCCCUAUCUCCCUGCCAUGUGCCCUGUGCAUCCCUGAGAAAGAUCUGGUCGGAGAGAUGCAGAGUGCCAGCAACACCAGUACUGCAGCUGACCUCCUCAAACAGGGCGCAGCCUGUAACGUGCUCUACCUAAACUCUGUGGAGACCGAGUCACUAACGGGGCCUCAGGCUGUCUCCAAGGCGACCAGGUGCACUCUGACCCAGAGCCCUCAGCCCAUGGCCACCAUGGUCCACUUCAAAGUGUCCACUCAGGGCAUCACGCUGACCGACAGUCAAAGGAGACUCUUCUUCAGGAGACACUACCCCAUCAACAGUGUGACCUUCAGCAGCGUGGAUCCUCAGGACAAGAGGUGGACUAAUUCUGAUAACAAGUCAAGCAAGGUGUUUGGUUUUGUGGCAAGGCGGACUGGCAGCACGUCGGAGAAUGUGUGUCACCUGUUUGCCGAGAUGGACCCGGAGCAGCCGGCUGUGGCCAUCGUCAACUUCAUCAACAAGGUCAUGCUGGGGCCCCAGCAGCAGCAACGCAGAUGAGCUAGGACCCCCAGGGGCCACAGAGCAAGGGCAACAACGGGGGAUAACUGGGUGUAAAUUGGUGUGGGUGGAAGGAAAUUGGUGGGUUGGAUAUGUGUGUCUGCAAAUUGGUCAGUGUGUUUGUGUGUACAAUUGGUGUGUGUGUGUGUUUUUGCAUGUUUGAAGACAGCUGUCCACUGGUGAGGAACCGGAUUGGACACAAUCAUGUCCAUCAGGAUGGUGCAUUAGAAAGGUACAGAAUAGCUUUUGAGGUGAUAGCUUUAAGCUUUUCCUCUACAAUUGAGUGAGUGGAUUAACACCACCUCUGCCAGGGGAGAUUUCGCAUUUCAUUUUUUUGUAACGUCCAUUCAGUUACUGUUUGCCAUCACCUUUCAUUUAAUCAUAUUAUUUAUGACUAUUAAGUAUUUGUAAUUUUAAAUAGGCAAGCCUUGGAAAAAGCCUGAACGAUAUCAAUGACUAACCAGUUUCCACACAUGCAGAUAUGGAAAAUCACUUGUUUUGUUGGUCAGUAUUACGUUACCCAAUGUCUGUAUAGUCAACCUCUUUGAAGAGAAAACAGCCCGGAAGGGGGUUAUACAGUAAAUACACUGAGUGUACAAAACAUUAAGAACACCUGCUCUUUCCAUGACAUAGACUGACCAGUUGAAAGCUAUGA